CGGACACCCGCAAACACCUAUCCGCAUCCAAUCCUCCAUCGGCCUCCCUUGCCUUUUUUUCACCAGCAUACACCCCCAUCAUUUGUGAAGUUCCCAUCUCAAUCGAUCCAGUUUGACGAUCAUGAGUGCCGGGUUUAAGUUUACGAGGGCUCUCGAGGAGCAGAUUCGGCAUUAUGCUUCGUUCCCGCAGACGGGAGUUUCGUUGCAGCAGAUGGUUCAGUUUGGCUCGACCCCGUCACAAGGCGUCCUCUUCAAAGCGAGUCAAUUCAUUUCGGAAGAGUUGCCAAUUCGUCUUGCGCACCGAGUAAAAGAGUUGGAUGAGCUACCGAACCAGUUGAAUGAGAUGCCAUCUAUAAUCAAGGUCAAAAACUGGUAUGCGGAGUCGUUCCAGGAACUUACCAGUCUGCCAAAACCUAACCUGCCCGACGACAUCCGGAAAACGCUGAAAGCCAACGGAAACGGCGCCCCAAGAAUGGCAGAUAACACGCCCAACCUCAUCGAGCAAGAAACAAACAGCAGCGGUGUCAGCACUCCUCGGCGGAAAUCCGUGCCUCUGAGCAAACGUUACUACGGUCCCGUGCAGGACAUCAACUGGCCACCAGAGGUUCUUUCUUACAACGAGAAAAUCACGAAAACCUUGACCACGAUUAAGCGACGUCAUGAUCCCCUUGUCACUACCGUCGCUCAAGGUGUUCUCGAGUACAAACGCCUCCGUCAACGAUCUCAGAUCGACACUUCCAUUCAAUCUUUCCUUGAUCGUUUCUACAUGUCGCGUAUCGGUAUUCGAAUGCUCAUUGGCCAGCAUAUCGCCUUGAACACGGAACCACCGCGUCCGGAUUAUGUGGGUAUCAUCUGUACUCAGACGAACUUGAAGCAGAUUGCGCAAGACGCCAUUGACAAUGCGAGGUUCAUUUGUGAGGAUCACUAUGGGUUAUUUGAUGCGCCAAAGGUGCAGUUGAUUUGCCCGGAUGAGUUGAACUUUAUGUAUGUUCCUGGACAUCUGUCGCACAUGCUCUUCGAAGUCUUGAAGAACUCUCUUCGUGCGGUUGUCGAGACCCACGGCGUUGACUCUGAGUCCUUCCCUCCUAUCAAGAUUAUCGUUGCUGAGGGCAAGGAAGACAUCACCAUCAAGAUUUCCGAUGAGGGAGGAGGUAUUCCACGUUCCGCCAUGCCUCUCGUCUUCACCUACAUGUACACCACCGCCGGCGAACAGUCCCUCGACCCUGACUUCGCAAAGUCAGACUUCAAGGCGCCCAUGGCUGGUUUUGGAUACGGAUUGCCGCUGAGUAGACUCUACGCGAGGUACUUUGGCGGUGACUUGAAGUUGAUCAGUAUGGAGGGUUACGGAACGGAUGUGUAUUUGCAUUUGAACAGGUUGAGUACUAGUCGGGAGCCGUUGCCAUGA